GGGAUCGUCGUGAAGGGAACAAUCGGGUUGACUUUGCCAGGGAGCCACCUCAAAGCAUAUCGGGUUACUUUGAGUGACAGCGUAACCAUGGCAAAUAAUUUGACUAAGGCUAUUGUCUUAUCCCCACCAUCCCUGGGUCAGAUAACCGACCAAUCAGAGUUCAUAUAAUCGCUUGUCUUGCCAGCUUAGAAUAAUAUUAUUAAAACGAGCCAGCGAGCCCGGUCUCUCGGAGUAGUUUAUGUUGAAACGGCAUAGAAAAGGUGGAGGAGGACGGUAGAAGGAGUAGCAACUUUCUCUCUUUCACAACAACUUCACGAGGAAUAGUCGCAUGGGGUUUUGCAUGGCUGAAUGGACUUGAGCUUAUUCCACAAUACGCAGCUGGAUAUUGCCUAACGUUUGGGCAGUUUGAAGUUUUAGGCUGCUCCUUUGGGGGGGACCUUGUGACGCUUAUGGACUUAAUGCGUUUUCAUUUAUUGAGACACUGAGCGGGGAGACGUGGAAGUAAGGCACAGUAUAAUCCGUAUUGGUUUACGUUGUCGCCAUGUCCAUGCUCCCGACUUUUGGUUUUACGCAGGAACAAGUGGCGUGUGUUUGCGAAGUUCUCCAACAAGGGGGGAACAUCGAACGGCUGGGACGCUUUCUCUGGUCCCUCCCGGCGUGCGAGCACCUUCACAAAAAUGAGAGCGUCCUCAAAGCGAAAGCCGUGGUUGCCUUCCACCGGGGCAAUUUCCGAGAGCUCUACAAGAUCCUAGAAAGUCACCAGUUUUCGCCGCACAACCACCCGAAGCUGCAGCAGCUGUGGCUCAAAGCGCACUACAUCGAGGCGGAGAAGCUGAGAGGCCGUCCGCUCGGCGCCGUGGGGAAGUACCGCGUCCGGAGAAAGUUCCCCCUUCCCCGCUCCAUCUGGGACGGAGAGGAGACGAGCUACUGCUUCAAGGAGAAGAGCAGGAGCGUCCUCCGAGAGUGGUACACCCACAAUCCUUACCCAUCCCCGCGGGAGAAAAGAGAGCUGGCCGAGGCCACGGGACUAACGACCACACAGGUCAGCAACUGGUUCAAAAACCGACGGCAGCGGGAUCGAGCAGCCGAGGCGAAGGAAAGAGAAAACAACGAGAACUCCAACAGCAAUAGUCACAACCCAUUGACUUCUUCCAUGAAUGGAAAUAAAACUCUAUUGGGAAGCUCAGACGACGAUAAAACACCCUCGGGGACACCGGAUCACACGUCUCCGAGCCCGGCUCUGCUCCUCGGCUCGAACACCGGGCUACAGUCCCUGCACGGCCUUGCGCCCCCUCCGGGACCCAGCGCUAUCCCGGUACCCAGCGGUGCAGACUCGGUGCACCACCACCACUCGUUGCACCACGACACCAUACUGAACCCUAUGUCUUCUAAUCUAGUGGACCUUGGCUCUUAAAAAAAAAAAGAAAAAAAUCCAGGCACGGAAGAAGAAGGGAGCACCAUUUUUUUUUUCAGGGGUGGGGGAGUAAUUUACAAGGUGGCUUAAGUAAAGCUUCAAGCACUUGCGGUAAAGGUGCAAGGCAGACAGACUGGAACACUGCGAAAAGAGCCACCGUAACAAAUCAUUUAGUCUCAUAUUCAGCCCUUAAAAUAUUUUUUUUUUCCUUUUUUUUUCAACAAGUGGGGAAAAUUUGCCAGUGGGCGCAAAUACCCCCUCUUAUCCCCAAAUUAAACAUCGAGAGCAGAGCACUUACCAAAUUAAACGAGCAUCUUUGUUUUUGGAAAUUGGAAAUUAUAAUUUAAAAAAAAUAUAUAAAUAUAUAGAUUUGAGAUUAUAUGGCUUGUUAAGACGGAACAUUUUUUGCAGAAAGAAAGAAAGAAAGAAAGAAAGAAAGAAAGAAAGAAAGAAAGAAAGAAGAAGUAUUUUACCGGAAUGUAACAACAUAACAUGUUAUAUUGUUGAAAACAAUAACAAUAAAGUGUCUUAAUUCUUGUUACUAUUACCGUUGUUAUUUUAGGGGUUUAGAUAUAUCACCAGACUCUAUAGGCACGAAGUUACUGGUACCCCACGCCUUUUUGUUUACAAAAGGUUUUCAUGAGAGCCAUAAGCAAUUUCUUUUCUUUUUAUUCAUUUUUCUUUUUCUUUUUUUUCUUUUUUUUUUGAUUGGGUAUGCUAUUUUCCAGUGUCUUAUGAGAGCCGUAAUCAGAUGAAAUAUCUUAAUCUCUUGAUAUUAUUAUUACUAUUUGCAUUUUCAUCUGGAAAGAGACUGCAUGUAAACUUUGCGAUAAAUGAUGAAACAUAAAUCGAUUCACCUAUAGUUUCAUAUACCCUUUACAAUAAAAGAAAAAAAGAAAUACAUGCAUUUAAA